AUGUCCUCCUGGCUGCAAUCAAAGAAGAAUAAAGAAAAGGAACGUGAAAGGGAACGAGACAAGGAUUCCGCUUACUUCAGCCCCCCGUCUUCUGGUCAGACCAAGGUCCUCUCUCCACCCUCGCCACCAAGCCCCAACCACCAAUACCUCCACAACAACAACACCAACAAUAACGGAAACGGAACUGCCCCAGCCUCAACCUUUCAGAACAGUAGAAGUAUCAGUCCAACAUCAUCCAUAGACCCAUCUAAGAGCGGCACGCUCGUGAUUCGGGUUGUUGAGGCCCGCGGACUGACGCUCCCUACGGGUUUCGACAGUACGAUGACGAAUCAUCCCCAUUACGGCAGCCCGACAAACAGCAGCCGCGAGUCGCUCCAGCGCAAGUGGUGGCUGCCCUACGCAGUCCUAGAGUUUGACAAGAACGAGGUCCUGAUCGAUGCUCUCGGUGGAGAGAUGUCCAACCCAGUAUGGCAAUACAGAGCUCACUUUGAUGUGUCAAGAUUCACCGAGGCACAAUUGUCGCUCUAUGUCCGCGCUCCAUAUCCCUCAAAGUCAGGCGACAUGAUGGACUGUGACGCUUCGAGUCAAGAUAUCUUCCUCGGCAACGUCCUUCUAGAGCCUCUUUUCGACGAUCAGAUGCAAGACGAAUGGUUUCCCCUCCUCAGCGGCACCGGCAAAGUCCGCAUCCAGCUUGUCUUCAAGAGCCACAUUGGCAACACCCAUCUGGCCGUUGACGCAUUUGACUUGCUCAAGGUUAUCGGCAAAGGGAGCUUCGGCAAGGUCAUGCAAGUACGCAAGCGCGAUACCAAUCGCAUUUAUGCCAUGAAAAUCCUGCGCAAAGCGCAUAUUAUCUCUCGUAGCGAGGUCAAUCAUACCCUUGCAGAGAGAACGGUCCUGGCCCAGAUCAACAACCCAUUCAUCGUCCCCCUCAAGUUCUCGUUCCAGUCGCCCGAGAAGCUGUACCUCGUCCUUGCCUUUGUCAAUGGCGGAGAGCUCUUUCACCACCUCCAACGAGAGGGCCGUUUCAGUGAAGAGAGGUCCCGCUUCUACGCUGCCGAACUCUUGUGCGCCUUGGAGUGCCUCCACGGCUUCAACGUAGUUUACCGCGAUCUCAAGCCAGAAAAUAUCCUUUUGGACUAUACCGGCCACAUUGCGCUGUGUGAUUUCGGCUUGUGCAAGCUGGGAAUGACCGAGACCGAGACGACCAACACGUUCUGUGGCACCCCCGAGUACCUUGCCCCCGAGUUGCUGCUGGGCCAGGGCUAUACCAAGACGGUCGACUGGUGGACCUUGGGUGUCUUACUCUAUGAGAUGCUCACGGGCCUGCCUCCUUUUUACGACGAAAAUAUCCACGAGAUGUACCGAAAGAUCCUACAGGACGAGCUCCGAUUCCCUGACGAGAUUUCCACCGAUGCCAGGUCCUUGCUGUCUGACCUUCUUACCCGAGAUCCCAAUGAGCGUCUAGGAAACAGUGGUUCGAGUGCGAUCAAGCAACACCCAUUCUUCAAGCCCAUCUCGUUCCCUCAUCUCAUGGCCAAGAAGAUCCAACCGCCCUUUAAGCCCUCGGUCUCGUCUGCGAUUGACACCUCCAACUUUGACGAGGAAUUUACCAGCGAGGAGCCCUUGGAUUCUGUGGUCGAGGAGUCGUUUCUGAGCGAGACGGUGCAAUUGCAGUUCAAGGGGUUCACGUACAACCCCUCACAGGAUGGGGUUCUGGGGGGUAGCAUGGUCGGCAAUCCUGGACUGAGCACAUCCGGACACCGUGACUCGCACAGUGAAUCUGGUGGUCGUAGGUAA